AUGGAUAGUGUUACCUUCGUGGUUCGGCUUCCGGCGCUUCUCAUUUCGUUCCUACUCACAGUCUCGACAGUGUUGGGAUGUGGAGUGACACCACUAGGGCAAACGACAACCCGAAGGUUUACUGUAAACAUGUUCAAUUUGCCAACACGACUGGCCUACAGUGCCGCAAUAGGCGUAAGAGCACAAGUUCCUUCUAUGUCCGAAAACGAGCAGGCGGCCAGAGCUUUGAUACAAAACCUUGUGGAUGAUUCGGUUAGGGAAGUUUUGGAAGAAAACGGACGCCGAGCUCUUUUACCAGAUUUCGUGACAGCAGCGAUUUUAGACCAAAUACAGGUGCAAAUCAACUACCAACCACUUGGAUGCGCAACGGUUUCGGUUAAUGCAAUGCCGAACGUGGAACUAGCAGCCGCAGCGAAUAUGGCGAGAGAGAGUUGCUUCGUCACCGGAGAUAUAGUGAGCGCAAUAUGUCCCCUCAUGAACAACAUGGUUCAAAAUUGCCAGCUUGUGGGAGGAGCAAUGCAAGCAAUAGCGGUGCCUGACCAACAUUUGACUAUCACUGGAACGAUCACGGUUAGAAAAAAGUUUUAA